AUGUUUUGUAAAGUAAAUGAGCUAAGUGAUAUUGAUAUUAUAACUUUAAAAAAAAACCUGUGCAAGUUAAGUACUAAAAUAGAUCAGGAUAAAUUUUUACUUAAUUUUUUAUCAAUAAGUAACCCAAAAAGGAAAAAUCGAAGAAAAGAAAAUCAAAGAAAUACUAAAGAUAGGUUAGUUAUCAAAUAUGUUAUACCAUCAAUUAAUGAGGGCAUGAUUCCAGUGUGUUCAAAAUCGUUUACUUCCGUUACUUCUAUUUCACGUCGUCGUUUAAAUUUAUUAUCAUUUAAGUUCAAUAAGAACCAUGCUAGUCCAAAAGAAAAAAGAGGAGGAGAGAGGAUCAACCAAGAUUCAAUUGAUACUACUGAAUCUAUAAAAUCACAUAUUAUGACUUAUAAAAGUAAAAAAAGCCAUUAUACUGGGGUGGACACUGGAAAAAGUUAUUUGCAACCUGGAUUAUCGGUAAAAUAUUUAUGGAAAAAUUGCCUAAAAAUGAGAAUUGAUAGCAAUAAAAAAAUAGCUUCAUAUUCUAAAUAUUUUAGAAUAUUUAGUCAAGAAUUUAAUCUAAGUUUUGGCCACCCUCGGCAGGAUAUUUGUAGUUGGUGCUCUGAAAUGGCUGUAAAAAUAAAAAAAAAUGGAUGA